AUGGGAGCCUCUGACUCAAAGCUCCAAUUUAAAAACCAUGUCUUCAGGCUUAUUGAGGUCCCAGAAAUCCCAGCAAAUGAUCCCUACUGGGCCCAAUUUUGGCAGCAACCCGUGGCUGUUGGUGACAUCUUUACUCUCUUUACUGCCUCAGACAUUCGUCAAACCCGCGAUCGGUCUCGUCGCAACUUGGAAACUUUCAUCCUAGCACUUACCGGCCGUUUCUUCUACCUAGCACAACACCCUCAGUUCCCUCAUCCGGAACUGGCCCCGCAAAAGGAGCUCCUAAACUGUGUCCGACUCCUAACCCGUGUGCUGCCCUUCAUCUACGAACAACGACAUCAGUCGCAUGAAAUUGAUUACUGGCAUGAAACCUUUUUCUGGGGGAAAAGACGCGUACGAAAUCAUCAGGCGAAAAGUACCGAUAAUAAUAAUGAAACAUCAAACGCAACUCCAUCAUCUAGCUCGGAUACCCCGUUUGACCAAGAAGAGUUUGACAGAACAGCAGCUGAGUUUCAUGAAGCUAAACCCCUUGGAGAACAACUCGUAGAUACGGCCUUUGCUUUGCUUUUUUCACCUGGUUUCACAGUUCCCCGUUCAACAACAUUGUCUCCAGCCUCUCAUCCUAUCUGGGAAACUGGUGUCGGUUGUACCACUCCAGUGUCUUCCACAGGUGAGCAGGAUAGCAACAAGAUUGAGAUUCUGCGGUUUCUUCUGGCCCUUAUCUCGGAUUCACUCUAUGUUCCGGCAUCCCUACUCGUUUCCGAAGGUUCUAAAAGUUUAACCUACAUGGUCACACAAACAAAUCGCAAAACUGCAAUGGCCAUCCUCUGCUCACUGCUUAAUACAACACUUAAAUAUAGCCCCCGCUGGAAAGUGCCCUAUGAUCACAUGCUGGUCUCAGACGGUCAUAAGGUUCUUAUUACAUACUCUCUCCAGUUUCUCGAAGCUUUGCUCAUAUACCCCAUCCCUGAAACCCAAACAUCUCCUGCUGCUCUUAAAAAUAUUUUCCGCCAGCUUUGCAGUAAAAUCCACAAGGUCGAGGAUCUUCAGUUCAUUGGAGACUCUCUCAUAAAAAUGCUUUCACAACCCAUCCAUGCAUCUUUCUCAUAUCUCCCUGGAUCUCGUCAAGGUAUUCCUUGGGUCACAGAACUUGCCAUGUUGUUUUGGGACUUGGUCCAGUGCAACAAGAAACUCAAGACAUUUUUAAUUGCUACCGAACGCAUGUACGACUGUGUAAUUAUUCUUCUUUAUUAUAUUCACGAAAAGGCUGCAGAUCCAUCCAAAAUCAACCUGGUCAGACUGUGUGCUUACGAGUUAUUAUACCUUACUGGUGACACAACUUUUGCCGCCACUCUUUCAAAGAAAUUCACUGGCCAAAGUCUUCUCCCCAGUGCCAUUCAGCUGUCUUCUUUCAACGGUUCUUAUGGCGAUUAUCUCAUUAUUCAACUCAUUAAAACUAUCACAAGCCAAAAGCAAAAUAAUCUCGAGCUUUUGGUCCCUACUUUCCUUAACUGUAUUCUCAACAUUGCACCAUAUACCAAAAACAUUUGCUACCAAGCUGCAUCUUCUCUUGUCCAGCUAUGUGCUACUCUUUCAAAUCCUUCAUUUUUGUUUGCCAGUGAGUCAAACCAUAUACUUUUAGAAAUAGUUCUCAAGUCUAUCAACCUCAUGAUUGAGUGCAACUUUAACUCCAACCGCAACUUGAUUUUCCUUAUUGUCAAAAACGAGCGUGUAUUCUUAACAAUCAAGUCGUUGACACUUGAAGAAGAUGUCGAAAGAAUUCUUGUCCAAGUGGCCAAUAAACCCGGUGAUACCAAAAUCACAUCUUCAUAUGCAGCUUUGGAAUCAGAAUUUGUGAUUGAAAGUGAUAGCGAAGAAGAAGAAGGGGGAGAAGAAAAAGAAGAAGAAGAAAAAGGAAUCCCUCCUGAAACUUCAGCACCACCAUCUCCUCGUAAAGACAAGGGUAAGGGCAAGGGGGUUUCUGAUAAAAAAUCUUUAGGAGGAACCCUUGGAGCAUAUUCUAAUACCAAAAAUAAUGGUGGAUUUUCACCCAUGCCAGUAUGGGUAAACACCUGGCUACCAUUGCUUCCUAUUCAUACAACAACCUCUGUGAUUGCACACAUUAAAGAAACUGUACCUUAUUUUAAAACAGCAGCCACGUCACUUGAAGCCAAGCUGGAGCCCAGUAAGGCUAUUGACGCUAUUGCACGCGUACGUUCCAUUCCUGGUGUCAUUUUCUAUGGUACAUGUAACGAAACUUUAGGAGAUGACGCAGCGCCUUUGCCACCCACCAUCACACUACCACCAGACUUUGAGGUUGCGCGGUUUGCGUGGAACGCAGGAUCGCUCGGCUGGUACGAGAGCAUAUUGUGGGGGUGCAUAUUCCAAGCAGAAAGCGAGGUGGUAGUCACUGACAAUAGCAUGUUGCACACAACGAGUAAUAAUUGUAUGCCUGUAGGUGUGUGGAAUGGUACGGCAAUCAAGCUGUUUCGAUUGCAGGAAACUGCGCCCAGAGGCCCGUCACUAUUACGGCCAAAAGGUGCUGUUGAUGCAGUUGCAGAAACAAUGCUUCAAAAGAUUGGGCAGUUUGGUCGUGGUAAUGGUAAAUGA